AAUCGAGCCUGUUCACGCGCAGGCAGCUGAGGAGCUACGUGUCUGUUUGCGUACGUGUAGUAUUUAUAGUACUGAAAACUGUAUAAAAAACGUUUUUUUUGGGGGAUUCAUUAUAUUUCCAUUUCGUGGAAUGAAAUAUCCGGUUUUUAGUUACAUGGAAAAAGAAGUUAGUAUUGAUGUUAGACGGUUUGUCGUCGCGUUACGGCACUAACGACAGGAAUAAAAGCCGAAAUGUCUCUCACAAGAUUGUUUACAAGUUGUAAGUCUGUAUUUAUUUACAGGUUUUUUGUUUUUACAGUGUCUAGUUUGUGUUGUUAACUCACAAAGCCAGUGUCUGACAUUAGAGAAGCUUCUUCGUGCCACUUGACCCCGUUUUCCAGAACCGAAGACGCACCGUUGAGGACACCGUUACACCUGAAACACACUUAAAGUGCUAGUUUAAAAGUGUCAUUUAACUACUAACACGCUUUAAAGAAUCGACUCAGUCGUUUAAACACAAUGGAUUCCAUUUGGAAACUUCUCUGCAGUAAGUCUCGUGUGCUAUAGAUAUAAUGACAAGGUGAUCGGUAUGAAGACUGAUAUCCACGACCGGAGACGCCACGCUCCGCUCCGGAGCCCCCGGUAGCUGCGGUGUGUCGGUUCAGUGUCUGAUUGCUGAGGUGGCAGAGUUUGGGUGAGCGCGAGGAUGAGCGCGGACCUGGAGCGCGUGUCGCUGAGCUCCUCGUCUGCGGGCUCGUUGGCUUCCAGCGCGCGCUCGCUCUCCGCUAACGUGCGCAAGCUGCACGAUGCGCUCAAUUUGCUGCUCAGUGAACUCGAGCGCGAGCAGUUCGUGCACUGCUUGAACGUGUACCACGCUAAGCGGAACGUCUACGACUUGGUCCAGACGCUCAAAGUUAUCCUUGACGCCCCGAGCAAGCGACAGCUGCUUCCUAUGCUGCGCCUGGUCAUCCCGCGCUCCGAUCAGCUCCUGUUUGAUCGCUACACCUCCGAGGGACUGUAUUUAAAGUCGGAUUUGCUGCCGAGUAGAAACGGGGAGCACGAGACCUCCGUGUCCGGCUCUGCGAAUAACGCUACGCUCACGCGUUUACCUCUGCGCAGUUCCCCUGAUCACCAGAGCGCCGGCAGCGACGGGACAUCUACUGCGCUCGUGCCGCUACUGGGCAGACAUUUCCUACCUGAACCCCCAGGUGAGGUCAGACAGGUGACACUCAAGCGCCACAAAAGCAACGAGGGUUUAGGCUUCAGCAUCCGUGGUGGAUCCGAGCAUGGGGUCGGGAUCUUCGUGUCUCUCGUGGAACCGGGAUCCAUGGCUGAGAAAGAGGGACUAAGAGUCGGUGAUCAGAUCCUCAAAGUGAACGAUAAAGUGUUCGACAGGUUCACACAUGCCGAGGCUGUGAAGGUACUGAAGGGCAAUAAGAAGUUGUGCAUGUCAGUGCGCUCCAUGGGUCGCAUCCCAGGCGGUUAUGUCACAAAUCACGUGUACACGUGGGUGGACCCGCACGGCCGGAGCGUCUCUCCUCCCCCAGACCUGAUGGAGCACCACAGCGCUACCCUGAACAGAAACCAGGGCAAACAGCGCAGCCACAUGCAGCUGCUGGAAGACGGAGAUGAGAAGAAGGUGAAUCUGGUGCUGGAUGAUGGUCGUUCUCUGGGUCUGAUGAUCCGUGGUGGAGCCGAAUACGCUCUGGGGAUCUACAUCACCGGAGUUGACAGAGGUUCUGCAGCAGAGUGUGGAGGGCUGAAGGUGGGAGAUCAGAUUCUGGAGGUGAACGGGCGGAGCUUCCUGAGCAUUCCUCACGACGAGGCAGUGCGCAUGCUCAAGUCUUCACGCCACCUCAUGAUGACCGUGAAAGAUGUGGGACGACUGCCUCACGCCCGCACCGUGGUAGGAGAGACCAAGUGGAUUGCCAGUUCCCAGAUCACAGACAGCUCGGCCAGCAGCAGUGUAGCAGGUCUUUCUAUGGAUCAAGGGGCUUCAGCCUCAGGAAAGAUGGGUUUUUAUAAAGGAGUAGCCGGCUCUCAGGUGACUCUCUCCAGUCUGGUGAACCAGAGUAAGGCCAUGCUGGAGGAACAGGCCAGACACCUUCUGACUGAACCUGAGAGACAAACCAUGAGCUACUACAUCCAGGAAUAUAACAGAGGACACGUUGGAGUCGAGCAGCUGGUCAUGGCCCUCUUUGAGCUUCUCAACACACAGGCCAAGUUCUCCCUUAUGUCUGAGAUGCGGGGGCUGAUCAGCGCACAGGAUCUGGAGCGUUUUGAUGCACUUGUGCUCCGCAAGGAGAUUGAAGCUCUGAAGGCUCGACAGGGAGCAGCAGGAGGUUCAGCACUUCACACAGACUCCUUCUCAAUGGUUUCCUACCCAGACACACUGGCCUCCUCCUCAGGCAGCUACAUGACCAGCACCACACUCAGCUCUGCACGGGAGCGACUGCUGUGGUUGAUUGAUAUGAUGGAGAAUGACAGCGCGGUGGAGACUAAUGGAGAAGACGCCCUGGAGAGUAGAAACGCCCUUCCAGACGUCUCUCUGGAUGAGAUGGGGUCAACUUCAGAAUCCCCACCUUCCUUCAAGCCCCCUCCUCCCCCUCGCGUACAGCGCCGCCCCAGUCGUAAACCCGCCCCUAGCAAACGCCCCACGUCCGACUCCUCUAACUCUGACCUGCACUUCACCGCCCAUUCCCACUCACCUACCAAAGACUACACACAAUCCAAACAGCCUUCGGGUGGCCCAAAGAAAGAGCCUCCAUUGGCUCAGCUCUCCAUGGUGAGUCAGCACUUGAUCGGUCCUUUCCCACGUGUUCAGUCCCCCAACAGGUUGAAACCCCCGCCAGCACCUGCAGUCCCAGCUCCCCUUGCACCUCCUCUGCCCCCGAGUCCAGAAAAACCCAAAACCACACCCUCCUCCCCAUCCUCCAACCAGCACUUUGUCAUGGUGGAGGUUCACAGGCCCAACGCAGAGCCUGACGUCAACGAGGUCAGACCACUUCCUCAGAGCAGAGGGUCCACACUGUCUCAGCUCUCUGACAGCGGACAGACGCUGAGCGAGGACAGCGGCGUGGACAUCGCAGAGUCGGGACGCAUGAGCAAGGAAAGCAGUCCACGUCCUACCCGAACUCGGCCACUGAGAGAGAGUGCAGGGGGAGGGGAGGGGAGCACUGUUAAACCGCCCGGCCUGCUGGAACCCAUGUCAACUCUGGUGCGAGUGCCGAAGAGCGCCAACACGCUGGGUAUCGCUAUUGAAGGAGGAGCCAACACACGCCAGCCUCUUCCGCGCAUCGUCACCAUACAAAGAGGAGGCUCGGCUCAUAACUGCGGGCAGCUGAAGGUGGGCCAGGUGAUUCUGGAGGUGAAUGGGAUCUCUCUGAGAGGACGAGAACAUCGAGAAGCAGCCUGCCUCAUCGCAGAGGCCUUCAAGACCAAAGAGAAGGAAUACAUUGACUUCCUCAUUACGGAGUUCAAUGUGGCGUUGUAAGAACUCUCAGAGGCCGAAAACCAAAAACUCUUUUUGGCAUGAAGCCACCAGUAGUCCCCAGCAAGUAGAUCUUCUUUUAUCAGAUAUUCUCUAAAGACAGACACAUUUUCAGUGUAGAAACUGAAUAAAGCCACCUGGUAAACCCCAGCUUUAUCAUUCUGAACAUGGCAAACUGGUACAAGGCACUUCUCAGUCUGAUCACAACCAUAUUGGAUAUUGAAUGAUAUCUGUCUUUACUUGAGUCCUUUUUUACACCAGUCCCCUAGUCCCAUGUCAAAAAACAGAUUUGAUUCAGUUUCCAUGUCUCAACUUUCACCUUAUUCCCCAAGUCGGAAUUUGCUCCUUUAACCAGUAUAUUUCAUUCAU